GCCACCAUAACAUUUUUCUUGUGAGUGUGAUGCGAUGGAAUUGUACCAUUAAUUCUUGGAAGAGCCUUCCCCUUUUUUGUUUCAUAGGACUUGGUAUUAAAAAAAUCUAGAAACAUGUAGUUGGUUCAAAUUCAAAAAGCAAAAAAGAAAACCGUUGUAGACAAGUGAAGUAUUAUUUGGGGUGGAAAAGGAAUUGGGAGAAGGAAAUUUGAAAAAAGCAGAAGAGCGGGCGAGUGAAAUGAGCUCGAAAGAAAGCUGCAGAAGCGAACUUCGCAUCGCAAUUCGACAACUCAGCGAUCGUUGUCUCUAUUCCGCUACCAAAUGGGCAUCCGAACAAUUGGUAGGGAUCGAGCAAGAUCCAUCCAAGUUCACUCCUUCCUAUACCAGGUUUCAGCGUGGAAGCUCAAGUAUUCGCCGCAAGUUCAGAACUCACGAGGUCACCGCUACGCCCCCAGCCGGUGUUUCCUAUGUUGUUACGCCUGUUAUGGAGGAGGAUGCGCUUGUUGACACUGAUUUUUACCUUUUGGCUAAAUCUUACUUCGAUUGCCGUGAGUAUAAGAGAGCUGCUCAUGUUCUUCGUGAUCAAAUUGGACGCAAAUCCCUCUUCUUGCGAUGCUAUGCUCUCUAUCUGGCGGGAGAAAAGCGAAAAGAGGAAGAGAUGAUAGAACUUGAGGGACCUCUGGGUAAGAGUAAUGCCGGGAAUCAGGAAUUAGUUUCUUUAGAGAAGGAGUUAUCUACACUUCGCAAGAAUGGCACAAUUGAUCCCUUUUGUUUGUACUUAUAUGGUAUUAUACUGAAACAGAAAGGCAAUGAAAAUUUAGCACGGACAGUUCUUGUGGAAUCUGUAAAUAGCUACCCUUGGAACUGGAAUGCCUGGACUGAGCUGCAAUCCUUAUGCAAUUCAGUUGAUACCUUGAAUAGUCUUAACCUUAGUAGUCAUUGGAUGAAGGAAUUUUUUCUUGCCGGUGUAUACCAAGAGUUAAGGAUGCAUAGUGAGUCUAUGUUAAAAUAUGAAUACCUACUUGGAACUUUUAGUUUUAGUAAUUACAUCCAAGCCCAAAUUGCUAAAGUCCAGUACAGUUUGAAAGAAUUUGAUCAAGUUGAAGCUAUAUUUGAAGAACUGCAGAGGAAUGAUCCUUACAGAGUGGAAGACAUGGAUAUGUACUCCAAUGUGCUAUAUUCUAAGGAAUGCUUUUCUGCUUUGAGUUACCUUGCCCAUAGAGUAUUCCUGACUGAUAAAUACAGACCUGAAUCUUGUUGUAUUAUUGGAAAUUAUUACAGUUUAAAGGGGCAACAUGAAAAAGCAGUUGUGUAUUUUAAGAGAGCCCUUAAACUGAACAAAAAUUAUCUCUCUGCUUGGACACUUAUGGGUCAUGAGUUUGUAGAGAUGAAAAAUACUCCUGCUGCUGUGGAUGCCUAUCGUCGGGCUGUUGAUGUAGACCCGUGUGAUUAUCGUGCUUGGUAUGGACUAGGACAAGCUUAUGAGAUGAUGGGUAUGCCUUUCUAUGCGCUUCAUUACUUCAAAAAAUCUGUUUUCUUGCAGCCAACUGAUUCUCGGUUGUGGAUUGCUAUGGCUCAAUGCUAUGAAACUGAGCAGCUUCGCAUGCUUGAUGACGCGAUAAAGUGUUAUAAAAGGGCAUCAGAAUGUAACGAUAGAGAAGCAAUUGCUUUGCACCAACUAGCAAAGCUGCAUUCAGAGCUGGAACGCCCAGAAGAGGCAGCGUAUUACUACAAAAAGGAUUUAGAGAGGAUGGAAAAUGAAGAGCGUGAAGGACCUAACAUGGUUGAGGCUUUGCUCUAUCUUGCAAGUUAUUAUAAAACUGAGAAAAAAUUUAAAGAAGCAGAGGUUUAUUGUACUCGUCUUCUUGAUUAUACUGGCCCGGAGAAGGAGACAGCAAAAAAUUUACUUAGAGUGAUGCGAUCCUCACAAUCUAGUUUCCCUUCAACGGAUGUUGAUCACUUUCCUCCCUAAUGUCUUUUCAUUAAGCACUGGUGUUAUGUGCCACAUUUUUCAAUUUUGGUUUAGAUUCGUUCUCAUAUUUUAUGCUGCAUCAGAACUAACGGCAAACAUGAAAAUGAUAGGAAUCAUUCUCAUACUUUAAUGCAUGCUGCUGUAGACAAGCAUCAUAGCACAUUUAAGUCCAAAGUGGUGAUCUGGUUUCCAGGAACAUGAGUCUGGGGAAACAUGUCAGGGUCAAAACAGAAGAUAAGUAAUUGUUCCAUGUUUUUUUAUUUAAAAAUAGUUGUAGAAUAGGACAAAACAGUAGAAACUAUUUCAAUGACAAAACGUAUCUAUUUAAAUAUCCUAUUUAUUAA